GAAAGCAUGAUGGGAAGGAGGAGUUUGAAAAGAGGAAAGAGAUUUGUGCCGAGAGCAACCAACAACGGAGAGAUACUGUAUGAAGAAAGCGCAAAGGGGGAGAUAAGAUGAGCAUGAGGGACUGCGUGUGUUUUGGCUGUGUAUGUGAUGCGCGCAUGCUCUAGUCGUCCAAACACGUGACGAAACACAUCCAGACUUCGGCACAGGGGCAGACACACUUGUUUCCACGACGACGUUGCAAACAUGGGGGCUGUGGUGGGCACGCUGACCAUGCAGCAGACCAAGACGAGGAGGCCAUCCAGAGAUAAAGCUGACGACGACCUGGAAAUGACCAUGGUGUGCCAUCGACCAGAGGGCCUUGAUCAGCUUGAGGCUCAGUCCAACUUCAGUAAAAGAGAACUCCAAGUCCUGUACAGGGGGUUCAAGAAUGAGUGCCCGAGUGGAAUUGUCAGUGAGGAAACCUUCAAGCAAAUAUACUCCCAAUUUUUCCCGCAUGGAGAUGCCAGCACCUACGCACACUACCUGUUUAAUGCCUUUGACACGGCACAAUCGGGCAACAUCAAGUUUGAGGAUUUUGUAACAGCUCUGUCCAUCCUGCUGAGGGGCACCAUUACAGAGAAGCUCCAGUGGACUUUCAACCUCUAUGACAUCAACCGAGAUGGAUACAUUAACAAAGAGGAGAUGACAGACAUUGUCAGAGCCAUUUAUGACAUGAUGGGCAAGUACACAUACCCUGCCUUGAAAACAGAUGCACACAAGCAGCAUGUGGAUGCCUUCUUUCAGAAAAUGGAUAAGAACCGAGACGGUGUGGUCACCAUUGAUGAAUUCAUCUAUUCUUGUCAAGAGGACGAAAACAUCAUGAGGUCUCUUCAACUCUUUGAAAAUGUCAUCUAGAGAUCAAGUGGAAGAAGGCCAUGGCCAAGUGGAGUGGAACAAAGCAAAGAAAAGGUAUACUUAAAACAAAGUGACUUUCACUAAACAACACGGAAGGUAUUUCACUGAAACAGGGUGAAGACAUCAAUAGAGCUCAAAAAAGUCCCGCAGAAUUGUACCUGCUUUGUUUGUUUCCGUCACAUGGUUAAGUGUUCAUUUUGUGUAAAGCCUCUCACUUUUUAAUGAGAACACAAGUGGACAGUCACUAAGCAGGACUCAAGUGGUUGAUAAUAAUUGUGCUCUUUGUGAAUCUCUGUCAGUCUCCCCCCAAAAAUGGAGCAAUAUUGUCAUGCAUGCAGGGAGGAGCAUCUAUUUAAGUAAGUGUGCCAUACAAUAGGGCAGUCAUGGGGCUCACACGUCACCCGAAUUCUGCCACAGCCAUCAAUGAAGAGAGAGCAACUUGCGUGUUCCCGCUGGUGUCCGUUAAGAGUCUCACUGUUGUAACAAUAUUGGAUUAAAUGUUCUAUUUGUUGCUUCUGCUUCAAGAAAGGGAUCGUUGCUGCUCGUCUGUGUCUUUUUGCCUCAUUCAGCCUAGGUGGAAAUAUAAUAACUGCAGUUAUGCUUUGGCCGGUCAGCAAAAGGAUGUUCACUUUGGCACAUAGAAGGACUCUGAAAGGUGCAUGUGUGUCCUAUGUGACGUUUUUGUUUGUCUGAAAAAUACAACGACAUUUGUUGGAGCAUGUAAUAUCAUAUUAUGUGCAGUGAAACAGACAGAUUGGUAUGAAAGAACUGUUCAGAUUGGAAUUUCCAACAUCGUUGACCAAAACUUUCACUGUGAGGGAGCGGCAACUGUAUGAGAGGAUGUCAAAAAUUUGACCUUUUGAAGAAAAAUGAGACUGAUUUGUUAUUUCAGAAGCCAUUUUGUUUGAGCCAUUGUUUGAGAGAACAGUGGGGACGUAAUGGAACCUCUGCUCUCGGUGCUUUACCACAGCAGGCACUGUUCUCAGUAGAAUUUGAUAGAAAAUCAUGCAAAAGUUUACAACUGGACUUACACCACAUUUCAGCGCAAUAUUACUUUGCCAAAAAUGAGGAAGAGGGCUUUAUUUUUAUUAUUGUCAUUUUUCUCAUAAUAAAAAUGAUGCUUUAAGCACCCAUUCCAUUUCUAAUUCACUCCACCACAAAUCCUAUUGAAUUCUCACGAGAACAGGCUCCGGUGUGGCAGCUCAUCCAGACAUGUGAGCAGGAGUACAGAUUGAUGGACAACAUCAAACCUGUUGCAAUGAACUUCUGUGUGCUGAAUUGUUGUAAAAAAUCGAUAUAUUUAUCAAUAAACUUUUUUUAAGAAACAA